GUUUUUUAUUUUUGUUUUAUUUUAUUUUUUUGAAACUUAUUCGGCCCUCUCUACCUUCUGGGUCUCUCUGGCCUGUUCAGCUGCUCCUCUCCGGCUUUAGGGUUUUUCUGCUACUUUUCCUCGUCGGUGUUCUGGUUUGUCAAGAUCUGUUUUCAAUGGGGGAAUCGGAAAGUGCUCAGCAAUCAAAAAAGAGAGCUGCUGUGAAGGAGCUGUCUCGUGACAAUCCCGGUCUUGAUGAUGAGGAAGAUUCUGCUGAGCUUGAGAGUGGAACUUUCAAAAGGGCCAGUGAUGAGGUAUUGGCUAGCAGAAGAAUUGUCAGAAUUAAGCGUAAAGAGGCCCCAGCAACAAUGUCAUCAUCCAAUCCGUUUGCUGGAAUUUGCUUGGUCCCUCCUACUGGACCUUCUGCGGAAACAAAUUCAUCCCUGGCUGAAUCAAAAUCAGCUGAAGCCACGGUUGAAACAGUAGCUGAGGCCGAAAAACCAGCACCAGAUGAUCAAAGAACUGAUGGUAUCAAAGAGAAUAACGCUGAAGAAAUUAGUACGGGAGAUGAUGCUGAAUCUAAAUGUAGUGAGGUAAAUGAUCAGGAAACUGGAAAACCGAUGGAUCAAGUUACUGAUGCUGCUGCAGACAAUUGUAACACUGCUAAGGAGACAGACCAAACUGGGGAUGGUAGCGAAAAGGAAUCAGUUGAUGAUCAGACCAAGAAUGAAGAAAAGAAAGAAAACAGAAGUGAAAAUUUGGACAAGAAUGGAGAUGGUGGAUCUUUGAGCUCAUUUCAACAGCAUUCAAGUACCAAAAAUGCAUUCACGGGACUCGCGGGGACGGGUUUCUCCAGUUCAUCAUUCUCAUCAGGUCCUUUUUCUCAGGAGGGUUGUACCGGUUCUGUCUCUCUCUUUGGACAGAAGACUGACCAGCCAUCUUUUAGUUUUGGUAACGGUAACUCAUCUUCCCUUUUUGGGGCCUCUGCUACAUCCGUUAUCACGACCAAGAGUGAGAGCAGUGCUGCCUUCCCGCCAAAGCAGGAGGUUUCAGUGGAGACGGGAGAAGAGAACGAGAGAGCGGCCUUCUCAGCAGAUUCUGUACUUUUCGAAUAUAUUGAUGGGGCGUGGAAGGAAAGAGGGAAGGGAGAAGUGAAGGUAAACGUCUCCAUUAGAGGCGGGAAUGGAGGAAAGGCGAGGUUAGUGAUGAGAGCAAAGGGCAACUACAGGUUGAUCCUAAACGCGGGUCUCUUCCCAGAUAUGAAACUGACAAACAUGGACAAGAAAGGGAUCACCUUUGCAUGUCUGAACAGCAUAGGCGAUGGCAAAGACGGCCUCUUGUCCACAUUCGCCCUGAAAUUUAAGGAUCCUACGACUGUGGAAGAGUUCCGUACUGUUGUCAUGCUGCAUAAAGAGGGUAAACCAGUCGAGGCAGCUCCUUUGAAAACGCCUGAGAACUCCCCAUAAUGCUGCUGCUGCUUCAGAUCAACAAAAACAAAAAAGAGGUAAAGAGUCUAAAGACACAUGAAUCUCUCUCUACUUUCUCUUCUUGUCUGUCUUGUUGUCGUUUGAAGUUAAAAUUUUGUUCUGUUGGUUUAUUAUCACUGAGGCAGAAAGAGAACAAAAAUGGAGAAGUAAGCUUUCCUUGUUUUUUUUUUUCUUUCUAAAACUGAAGUCUGUCUUUGGACAUGUGUAGGAGGAACAGUUAUAUGUGGGUGUCUUUGUAUGAAGUCCGUACUGCUCUACUUUCUUUGUCACUGUUUA